AAGAUCGGUGUCAAGAUAAUUUCUCCAAAAUAAGGCAGUCUGCACUUUGGUUUCGCCUCUGAUUGCGGUCUUUAAAAAACAGACUGCCUAAGAAUUUCAUUCAUUUCAUAUAGCAACAAAAACAAUCCUUCCUUAUCAGCUCCCGAAAUAAAACUAAACCCUUCUCCCAAUUCCCUUGAAAAACAAUGCAGCUUCUUCCCCUAUUAUCCCCCAAAACACCAAACUCUUCCUCUCGUCUCAUAAACUUCAUCUUAAUCUCCUCUUCCUUGUGCAUCAUCUACCUCUUCCUGUCUCUCGUCCUCCUCCACACUUCUAAUAUGGUGAGCUUAACUUCGCCUCGCGCCGUAUCUUCGCAAGAGACCUCUAUCGAUCACGUCGUUUUUGGUAUCGCGUCGAACGGAAACUCGUGGCUGAAAAGGAAAGAGUACGUUAAGCUCUGGUGGAGGCCUAAUCGGAUGCGGGGGUGCGUGUUCUUGGAUAACAUGCCCCCGAACGCGGCCCCAGAUAAUGACUCCGACUCCAGUUCUCUGCCUCCGAUAUGCAUAUCGGAAAACACGACCCGGUUUCAGUACACGUACCGGGGCGGGCUCCGGUCGGCGAUACGGGUCGCCCGAGUGGUCUCGGAGACCGUGGCUCUGAACCAUUCGGAUGUGCGGUGGUUCGUGUUCGGGGAUGACGAUACGGUGUUCUUUGCCGAGAAUCUGGUGAAGACUCUGUCCAAGUAUGAUCAUGUGCUGUGGCAUUACGUCGGGACGAAUUCAGAGAUUGUUUUGCAGAACAAAUUCUUCUCGUUUGACAUGGCGUUUGGCGGGGCAGGUUUUGCGAUAAGUUACCCACUGGCUAAGGUUUUGGCGAGUGUUUUUGAUUCGUGCUUGGAGAGGUAUCCGCAUUUGUAUGGAAGUGAUGGUAGGGUUCAUGCCUGUAUUGCUGAGCUUGGCAUUGGGCUGACUCACGAGCCCGGUUUCCACCAGAUGGACGUCAGGGGCAACAUAUUCGGUCUCUUAGCAGCGCAUCCAAACACGCCGCUAAUCUCCCUCCACCACCUUGACCACACCGACCCGAUCUUCCCGAACAUGACCACCACAAACGCCUUAAACCACCUGCUCCAAGCCUCCAAACUCGACCCUCACCGCCUCCUCCAGCAAACCGUCUGCUACGACCGGUGGUUCUCGUGGACCGUCUCCGUCUCGUGGGGCUACGCCGUCCAAGUGUUUGCCACCCACGUUUUCUUGCCCGACAUGAUCCGGACCGAACAGACGUUCGGGCCGUGGAAGAGGGGCCAUGCAUUGGGCGAGUCGUUCAGGUUUGACACAAGGGCUCGACACCCCGACCCGUGUCGUAGGCCCGUUGUGUUCUACUUCGACGGGGCGGGUUGGGGUGGUGAUGGGGUUGUGGAGAGUAGGUAUAGGAGGAUGACUGUUGAGAAUUGCUCGUUUGAUGCGUUGACUUCCCCAAGGAAGCUUGAGGAGGUUCGAGUGGUGUCGAGGAAGCUGGAGCUUGGUGUCAAACAGUUGCAGGCACCGAGACGGCAGUGUUGUGAUUUACUGCCCUCAACAGCUGGGAAAGUAAUGGAAAUCUCCAUUAGAGAAUGCGGGGAAGAAGAGUUGAUUUACAUGCAUCCGUAGCAAUAUUAGAGGUUCCUUCAUGACCGUCUGUUGUAUCUAAAAGCACACGGUCAAUGCCGAAGCACAAUUGGUUUCACACGCUUAUGUCUCACAGGCAUUUUCGUACGUGAACUAGUUAAUACAGUAGAUGAUUGUUAGGGAAGUGAUAAACCCGAUUAAGCUCAAGCUGUUGUAGAGAGUAUAGAAUGCGUAGGAUUUCUUGCUUGGUGGGAUAGAUGAGCGGGACUCAAAAUUAUUAGUCCGAAUUGAGUUCCACGUUUGCCCUCUACUGUAACUUCUUGAAUUUGACAAAAAAGAUUAUGGAAGUUGGCCUCUGUUAUGUCUCCA